CCAAACGCAUCCACUGCUUGCCUACGGGAGGAGCAUAAUCCGGUUUCUGGGACGCAUUUAUUAUUGUUAACCAGGAUAUUAAUUUGAAUUAUUUUGCAAACUGAUUCAUUGUUUCUGCGAGUAGCCGUCCGCGCCGCAUAAAGGUCCGGAGGAAAUAUAUUUUUGUUGUUUUUCCCAAGUUGUCGCACGAGGACUGACAUCGCGCAGCUGCAAAGACAGAUACUCCGGAAAAGUGACAUGAAACGUGCGGAUAAACGAGUGGGUCUUCUGGAAACAAGUAUCGGAACACAUAAUCGCUCUGUUUUACUCACAGCAGACUGAUAUGCACCGUGCAAGAGACUGAACAAGUAGCUCCAACACUUCACAGAGCGCGUGAAAGCAUGGACCUGAACGCACGCGACUACCAGCGAGGAAACACUGUCGGAGCGCUGCAGGAUUUAUGUUUUUAUUCUUAAAGCAAACACUAACAUGAUGAAGCGACCUUGCAGGAGAUAGCUCUGUACGUUUUCAUCAAGAUUUCAUCACUGACUUUUUAAUGAAAGAAACUUGUGUGUUGUGGUGAACAUUUGGCCUAAUUUUUCUAAAAAAUCAAUAGAGGGAGAAUGCCUUCAACUGUUAGACUGAGCCUCAUCUGUGUGCUGCUGGUCCUGUGGAGCGGUGGGGGCUCAGCCAUUAGCUCAAUAGACCCUGACUGGUCAGGAGAAGGGAGAUGUCAACACAUCAACAUCCCCCAGUGUAAAGACAUUGGCUACAACAUGACACGGAUGCCAAAUCUAAUGGGCCACGAUGACCAAAAAGAAGCAGCGAUAAAGCUGCAGGAGUUUGCCACGUUGAUACAGUUUGGAUGCCACAGUCAUCUCAAAUUUUUCCUGUGUUCACUGUAUGCUCCCAUGUGCACGGAGCAGGUGUCCAACCCCAUCCCAGCGUGUAGAGUCAUGUGUGAGCAGGUCAAGCUGAAAUGUUCUCCCAUCUUGGAACAAUUCAACUUCCCUUGGCCCGACUCUCUGGACUGCUCCCGGCUGCCAACCAAAAACGACCCAAACAACCUCUGCAUGGAGGCACCCAAUAAUGGCUCUGAUGAGCCUCCCAAAGUCUCCCACACCCAGCCUCCAGAUUUCAGGCCACAGCGGCCUCUGAGCGGGCAGGACCUGCACCUUAAGGACAGCGGCAACAAGCAGACAUGCAACAAUCCGGGCAAGUUCCACUUUGUGGAGAAAAGUGAGUCCUGUGCCCCCAAAUGCUACCCCAAAGUGGAUGUGUACUGGAGUCGGGGAGACAAGCAGUUCUCUCUGGUGUGGAUCGCAAUCUGGUCCAUCCUCUGCUUUGUCUCAAGCGCCUUCACCGUGCUCACUUUCCUCAUUGACCCACAGCGCUUCAAAUACCCUGAGAGGCCGAUCAUCUUCCUCUCCAUGUCCUACUGUGUUUACUCUGUGGGCUACCUCAUCAGACUUUUUGUGGGGGCUGACAGAAUAGCCUGUGACAGAGACAAUGGGGUCCAGUAUAUUAUCCAGGAGGGUCUGGAGAGCACCGGCUGCACCAUUGUGUUCCUCAUCCUGUAUUAUUUUGGCAUGGCCAGCUCCCUCUGGUGGGUUAUCCUGACCCUCACAUGGUUCCUGGCUGCAGGGAAGAAGUGGGGUCACGAGGCCAUCGAGGCCAACAGCAGCUACUUCCACCUGGCGGCGUGGGCCAUCCCGGCUGUGAAGACCAUCAUGAUUCUGGUGAUGAGAAAGGUGGCUGGGGAUGAGUUGACAGGUGUGUGUUACGUGGGCAGCAUGGACGUCAAAGCUCUCACAGGCUUUGUGCUCAUUCCUCUCUCCUGCUACCUUAUUAUUGGCACUUCAUUCCUGCUGUCUGGCUUUGUGGCCCUCUUCCACAUCCGUAAGAUCAUGAAAACAGAAGGCGAGAACACAGACAAGCUUGAGAAGCUGAUGGUUCGCAUCGGGGUCUUCUCUGUGCUCUACACUGUCCCGGCCACCUGUGUCAUUGCCUGCUACUUUUAUGAAAGGCUCAACAUGGACUACUGGCGCAUCCUGGCAGGGGAGCAGAAGUGCGUGGACAGCAGUGGGCCGGAGUCAGAUGAGUGCAUCAUGAAGACUUCCAUCCCAGCCAUUGAGAUCUUCAUGGUGAAGAUCUUUAUGCUGCUGGUGGUGGGCAUCACCAGCGGCAUGUGGAUCUGGACGUCAAAGACGCUGCAGUCGUGGCAGAACGUGUUUAGCAGGAAGCUAAAGAAGCGGACGAGGAGGAAGGCGGCCAGUGUGUUCACCAGCAGCAGGCCUUACAUCAAACCUCACCCAUCUCUCAAAGGGCACAGUACUAAGUAUGAGCCUACACGGCCCCCUCCAACAUGUGUAUGAGCUGGCUCUCUUUGUAUAAACCCAAAAAUACUUGUAAAGCCCUUAACCUAAAUGAGACUUUGUAAUCAGAGUGCCAUCAAAAGAAUCAAGGUUCAUGUUUUAUUUAUGCAAACUGCGUUGAAGAUAAUGCAACGUGGGGUUAUUUUUUGUGUGUGUGUCUUGAGCCAUCUCAUGCAACUAGAGCUGCCUUUGUUUGAGGAAAAAAACUCCUGGAUUCACUUAUCCUACUGAGGAACUUGGUAGAGACAGAAAAAAAUCGUAUUGUUCCCAAGACAAAAAGAGUGGAAUAAACCAUUUGGAUGUGCCAUGGGGUCACUUGAAUAAUGUGCAAUAGAUGUUUUCCUUACAGGCAAAAAAAGACACUUGUACUGUUAGUGACAGAUUACAGACAAUGAAAGGACCCCACAGACAAUGGAGGCAAAUGGUCAGAGAGACGAGUGUUGUGUUUGGAGGCUUUUUCAUGGAAAUCGAGGCAGUGUCACAUGUAUGUUUGAACUGGAGUGAGAGCAGCUGUUGAAAAGACCUUACAAACUGCCCAUUAUGAGGCAAAUCCAUGCCAUAAAUUAAUCAAGCACUCGUCAUUGAAAAAAGUUAUUUGUACACACAGUUUGAGUUUUCCUUUUUUUUUUUUUUGUUCUUUGCUGUUUUAUAGCACAAGGGAACGUUUGUAUAUAUUUCUAAAAAACUUCAGAUUUUAUAGAAAAAUUAAUAAAACGUUCUAGUUUUAAAUGUUUGUAAAGUCGGAAUUAUGUGCUUAAACUGUGUUGUUAUUCACCUCUGCUGGAGUGAGUCUCCAUUCUCAUACAGCUGCAUAGAGCGUGUGUUUUGUUUGUUUGUUUGUUGUUGGGUUUUUUUUAAUUGAAGCACUUGAGCUUCUCUAUAUUGUUUAGAUCAGUUUUGUUAUUAUAUCAAAAAUAUCGAAAUAAUUUUCCUUAACUUGUGGAUGUAGUGGGACAUCAAAGCUGGGUUUUAACAGUGGGUGUGGCAUUCAGAAAAGCUUUAAAAAUAAUUGACGGAGACAGUGUUGUUUACAUGUCCAAAGGCAACUGAAAGAGAUGUUUUAAAAAUAACAAUUACUGAUUGGUUUUAUGACCAGUUUAAAUCAACUCAUCAAUGCUCUAAAUGCUCUGUAUAUCUCUAGAUGUGGGGAAAAAAUGCACUUUUACAUAUAAAAAACGAAGCACGCUUGACAUGUUGGUGCUUAAGUCAACACACAGGAAGCUAAAUAGCAGCAUCUCUAUUCUUGUUCUUAAAUGUUCACAAAAAAACAAUAGGACAUUAAUGUAUGUCCCCAGUGGCUGCUUCAAAGACAAGUUAAAGCCAGAAAAAGAAGUUAAGGGGUUGUCCAUGACCUUCCAUUUAAUGUUUUCAAUAAGGGUUCUUACCAGUGAUGGAGGAUGUAAUAAAAGAAGUAUUAUAUUACACUGUAAAAUUACUCCGUUACUGGUAAAAGUCCUGCACUGAAAAUGUUACUUAUACGAAAGCAUGCAAGUAAAAACAGUAAAAUUAAUAUUAGUAUAAAGUAGUAAAAUUAAUGUAACUCAAUGGAGAUUUCAAAAUAAAUUUAAUAAAUCAAAACAAUUGGAAUAAUUUUAAAGGAAAGCAGCAAGUCCUUAUAUUUGAGAAUCUGGAACCAUGAAAUGUGUUUGCAUGAAAAAAUGGCUUAAAAGGUUAUUAAAAUAGUCACCAACGAUAGCUCUAAUCAACUGACUAAUCGUUUCAGCCGGAUUUGUAUAUUGCCAUUUCUAUUUGUACGUGUGCAGAAAUCUUCAUUUUAAAGUAACUAGUAGCUAAAGUUAUCAAAUAAUUGGAGUGGAGUUUCAGUAUAAUAUUCCCCUUUUAAAUGUGGUGGAAUAGAAGUAAUA